AUGUCAAGACCGGAGCUUGUGGCUGUGGCCGUUGUCUUCGGCGUGUGUGGGCGUGCCGAUUGCAGACCAGGUACGUGUCAAACCCUUGAGGCAUACUUCCAGUGUGAGUUUACUGGUUCUGGUGCAGCAGGUGGUGGCAGUACCAUCGCUGUUGCCAACUGCCUAUUUCAUCAAAUAGUGGUUCGUGUAAGCUUGGAGCUCCCAUCUCUUUGGGACAAUGGCAGCGACGCAAUGGUCUCUGCGACUGAAGAUGUUGUUAGGGCACUUACAGGACUAAACAGUGAAGAGCCAGAGGACAUGUUUGUGCUUCGAGCCCUUUAUUUUGGAUUGGAAUCAAGCACGCGGCCGCUCCGGCGUUGGAUCCCGAGUCGUGAGCAGAAUAUGGAACAGCGUUGGCGAGAAGAGGCAUUGUGGCACAUCCGGCUGGUAUUUGCAGUUGCGGCACCUGGUGCUGAGUGCGAAUUUUGCGUCAGGACACACGUGUCAGUGCCAGUUUAUCGCGCGCAGGGUACUAAAUUCCUCAAAGUUGAGCCACUCUCUGGGCCAUACACCGCACAUGUCUCAGUUUUUCAAAAGGUCACACCAGUGGACCUUGGAGUUCUGUCUCCGCUAGAGUUGGUGCGUUUCUUGGUUGGUUUUGUGGCAGACAUUUCAGCAUUUGCACACGCGAACCUGUGGCAUGACUGUCACAUCGGCAGUUUGUUGAUGCACAUGGAGCCCAGCCAAGACGAUCGGACAUUUUAUUGGCAUGAUUUUGGAGGCGCCUCAUCGAGGACACACUCCCCAAGACCGCAGGUUCUUGGCGAAUUUGUGAGAAAGAUGCGAGAAACCAUCAGGAAGAUCCAAGAAGCAGCUCAUGCCCGCAUUCCGGGUUUUCCAUCGAUUCCCGAGCUUGAUUUUAACGGCAACGACACUGCAGUUUUGAAGAUGAAUCUUCGUGUAUACAAUGUGGCUGUGCAGAACCAUGUGAUGAGAUGGAGUGGGGAUAAGGAAACUCGCCAGUCAGCGCUUUUUUCACUGCAUAGGGUACUUUCCAGAUCUCGCCACGAUGAGUUGGAGCUUAUGCUGGCGGAGGGCACCAAGCAGGCCCAGACCAAAACAGUAUGGGUCAGGCGGAUGCACAAGGCUGGCCAAACCGUCAACGAAAGCCUCCCGGCCUUCAAGAUCACAGUGCCCGUGACAGAU